AUGGACGGCCAGACCUCGGGGACCAGCUCUGCUGGUAAUUCCAGCGACUUCGUUAUCUUUGUUCACCCCUCCGACUACUCCAUCUUCGCCGACAAUGCGAUCGCUCGAAUAAAUACUUACAUGUUGGCUAGGAUGUUGGAGGAUCCGUCGUACUCGGACAUUGUGCGCUGGGGUGAUGAGAAUGACAGUUUCGUCGUCCUAGAGUGCGAAAAAUUCACCAAAACCAUCCUCCCCAAACACUUCAAACACAGCAACUUCGCCAGUUUCGUACGCCAGCUCAACAAAUACGACUUUCACAAAGUGCGCCAGAACAAUGAAGAAACGGGGCAGUCGCCGUACGGGCCCAAUGCCUGGGAAUUUAAACACCCCGAAUUUAAAGCUAAUAAUAAAGACUCGUUGGAUAACAUCCGAAGGAAAGCGCCCGCGCCUCGAAAGCCAGCCCAGAUGAACGAAGAAGCCGUCCCGACUCAGCAGAUCGAUAUGAUGAACACUCAACUCUUAGCUCAACAACAUCAGAUCCAGCAACUGAGCGAGAGAAACACUCAGCUCACGGUCGAUUCCCAAAUGAUCAUGCAAGAAGUCAUGCGCUUGCAAAAGACGAUUCUUCAGCACGAAAAUGUCAUUCAUAACUUUAUGAACUACUUGUUCACUGUCGACGCUCGACACCGCCGCGACAGUCGCGCCAACGGUGCCUUUGCUCAGGAUGGCUCCGCUGCCGAUGAUCUCCCUGCAUCGCCGUUACAACAGGCAUCUAAGAUUUUAAGUGACAUGACCUCUUCGCAAAUGCCGCCAAACAUGGUACAAUUUGAUUCAAUGAACGAUCCCACCAAAGCACAGAUGAUCCAGACCCCUCCGUUAGGCGCUGGCGCACGAAACGGCCUCGCCAGAGCUUCCAAUUCGGCCGGUUCGAACGCCUCAAUGGGAUUUGCAAAGAUGAAUGGAGAAUUGGAGACUGUUGUUUACCCGGUCGGCGCGACCAACGGUAUCGAUCCGAUGUACAGCGAACAUGUGAACAAUAUCCCAUACUCGAUCCAGCCCAAGGACAUUGCUGCUCCAGAUCCAGUUGCUCAGCAACAGCAAAUACAGCGUCCGUUUAGUGAAAGCCGAAAAAAGAAUACCCUUGUCAACCCGGGUUGGAUCAAACAACCCAAUAUUUUGCUGGUUGAAGAUGACGACACGUGCCGACAGAUUGGUGGAAAAUUCUUGGGUUCUUUUCAAUGCCAGAUUGACAACGCUUACGAUGGUCUACAAGCUGUUACCAAAGUGCAGUCCGGCAAGAGGUACGAUUUGAUAUUGAUGGAUAUCAUAAUGCCUAAUCUGGACGGAGUAUCUGCAUGUCAUUUGAUCCGUCAAUUUGAUCGCACACCAAUUAUUGCCAUGACAUCGAACAUCCGCAAAGAUGAUAUUGAACUGUAUUUUCAACACGGAAUGGACGAUGUCUUGCCCAAGCCGUUUACGAGGAAAAGCCUGCUCGACAUGCUUGAAAAACACUUGAUGCACCUCAAAACUGUGCCUGCUACCGCCAUGGACCCAGUGUCGGUAACGCCCAUGACAACGCACACCUCGGCGGCGCAAUCUAUCAAGGAAGAUAGUUCUCCUGGACAGUCACCUGCCGCAUCGAUGAACAACUGGCAGUCUCCUGGCCAGCUUCAGGGUAUGUCGCCGGUUCAUCUCAACGUCCAGCAAGUGCCACAGUACAUGCAACCUAUGACUCCUACGGGUCCUUUUAUCGACCAGAAUGGAGUUCAAUACGCAGCUCCAUCAGCACUCAGUCAGCCUCCUGUUCGUGGUCAACACCGAAGACAAGUCUCUGAUAUGUCGAGUGCUCCCGACGCAGCAAGCUACGCCAAAAGACAACGCAUGUAUCACAACACGCAAAUGAUGCCCCAAAUGGCCGGGCAACAGAAUGGUUAA